UGUGUGUGUGUGUGUAUGUGUGUGUCUGUGUCCCUGGCUGAAUGGAUAUAAAACUGGCCGGUCAGUUGGAGGGACAAAGGUUAAGGAGAACAACAGAAAUCUUUGUCCAGCACCCAAACGACAAGAAAACAUCAGAGGGAGAGACAGGACAGUGUGGCAGGAGAAUGUGUCCUUUGUGGCUAUUGGUAGCUGUGACGGUUGUGGGCGUGGCCAGGGGAGCCGCCAAUCAGUGCUUAGAGCAUGCCAGCUGUCAGGGUGACAACAAUGAGAGCAGCAUGAUGGAGUGUAUCCAGCUCUGUCGGUCCGACCUCACCGCCCAGACGCCAGUCAUCCCGGGCGAUGGUCAUCUCCAACGGUCCUCUCUGUCAGACCCAGAGUCUCAGCCUCCCCUCUCUCUUUUACCUCCCUCCUCUCCCUCCUCUCCCUCCUCCCCUCAGGCCAAGCGCUCCUACUCCAUGGAGCAUUUCCGCUGGGGAAAACCGGUUGGGCCAAAGCGCCGCCCGAUCAAACUCUACACCUCCAAUGGUGUAGAGGAGGAGUCAGCCGAGGAUUUCCCCGAAGAGAUGAUGAGGCGGGAAGCAGAGGACGAGCCUGAGCAGCUCCAUGACGUCCAGGAGAAAAAAGACAGCACAUACAAGAUGAAGCACUUCCGGUGGAGCGGCCCGCCGGCCAGCAAGCGUUACGGUGGCUUCAUGAAGAGCGGGGACGAACGCAGCAUGAGACCACUGCUCACACUCCUCAAAAACAUCGACAAAGAUGGACAGGAGCAGAAGACAGAGCACUGAGGAGGAAAAGGAAGGAAGAGAUAGAAAGAAGAUGGACAGAGAGAGAUACAACGACACCUUCAUCUGAUCGGCCUACAAGUCCUUUAAACUCCAAAUAUGUUGUUUGUCAUUGCCUUUCAAAGCAUCACAUAUCUUCUAGAAAUUAUGUUUUGGUACCACUUAUUUCUUUUUCCAUUUACAUUCUGAUGAGAAACUGCCAUGAUUAUGUUCACAGACAAUGGCAAUGAAUUACAGCUGCAACUAAGGAUUAUUUUCAUUGUUAUUGAGGUUGUCAAAUGUCUUAUUUUGUCCAACCAACAUGCCAAAACCCAAAGAUGUCCACUUUGCCACGAUAUAAAACAGAGAAAAACAGUACAAAGUGACCUUGAUUAUUAAUCAAUUAUCAAAAUAGUUGCUGAUUAUUUUUUCUAUUGCUCAACUAAUCCAUUAAUUGACUAAUUGUUUCAGCUGUACAAUGUUAUUUUCAGGUGUAGGAAUUGCUAAAUUUCUGAUCCAGCAAAUCAUGCCUACACCGUCCUGACGAAGCAGAUUAUCUGAGCUUUGAAUGUUGAACUCUCAAUAAUUUAAGAUGUUUCUUUUAACUCUGAUUGUUGCUUAUUUAGUCAUAAAUAUAUGUAUAAUGUUCAAAAGAAAUACUUCAGAUUUGAAGCCAACUUUACAGGUGAGUGCUGUGAGUGCCUAAAUAUACUAAUUAAAACAUUAUGAACAUAACAAUAAAAAUGUUUGAUCAUG